CAUCCAAUGCUUGGUUUCGUAUAAGCAAGUGUGUUCCAUCAUCAUUUCGACUAGGACAACGGCGUCGUAAACGUACACACACGUCGUUCUCUAUCUCUCUCUCUCUCUCUCUCUCGGAAUAUUAAAAUACACCUAAGGUUUACUAAAAUGCGUAUCCAAAAAUUCGGAGAGCAGUCGCGGUCGUAUUAGCGCCAGGCGCAGUUGAAGUGUGACCCGUUUACCGCGACCACACCAUCUAAUCCAUCAAUCAUGCCGUGCAAUCUACCUAACUCACGAUCAGUGAUUUGUUAAACAAUAAAGUGUGAAUAAUACAAUAAAUCGAGUGGGUCCUGCACGGAUCAACCAACAAUUAAAAUCCGAUUCACAAUUGUUACCGUUUGUUGCUUGAAUAUCGUCGACAAUACAGUAGUUUUAAAAGUAGGCUCUGGGCCGAUCUGUCAGUCAUCAAAAUCCGAUUCGCUUUUGUUUGUUUAUUGCGUUCGCGACAAUACAGUAAUAAAAUUCGAGUGGGCCUUGGACGGCAUAUCCGUCAAUAACAAUCAUUCUGAUUCGCGAUUGUUAGCGAUUGUUGUUAUAGUGAAGUUUAGUGCACGCUAUGAACCAUGGCAACCACAGAAUUCUUUCAAGAAUGGGAGGAGAACAUUACCACCGAAACAACGAAAAAAACCACCAAGAAGUCCUACAAGAGAGGGAUUUCCCGAGAUCCGUUGUCAAAGACGUCGUCUACGACGACCACGACUACGAUGACCACUCCGGCUAAACUUUAUGGAAAAGAUCUUAGUCAGUAUGACGAAAUUGAUGUAGAAGAAUUACUAUCAAAGCUUACCCCUGAAGAAAUAAACAUUCUUGCCAAAGAAGUAGACCCAGAUGAUAGUUUUCUACCUCCUUCACAAAGAUGUAGUUAUGACUGUGAAAAGGACCCAACAGGACCAUUAAAUCGUAAGAAACUGAUAGAACAUAUUAACAAACAAGCCCUAGAAACUCCAGACAAACCUGAACUGCAACCCUAUGUUGCUGGCAUGGUUAGAGGUAAAAAGUGGAUUCCUCCUGAACCACCCGCAAAAGAAAAAGAAGCAGAUGAACAAAUAACUAUUGAUUUAGGCGAUGAAUAUGAACAAGCAUUAAAUGAUGCAGCACCUGAGGAAAUUAUUGAUUUAGCUGCUAUUUUGGGCUUCCACUCAAUGAUGAACCAGGACCAGUAUCAUGCUUCUCUGCUCAACAAAGGACAGCCUGUUGGUAUUGGUUGGGAUGGGAUAACAAAAGCUUCCAAGCCCAAAAUCUUUCCCAUGGAUCCUCCCAACAAUACCGAUCCUGAAGAGACUGCACAGAAAAUAAAACAAGAUGAUCCCAAAUUGACAGAUUUAAAUUGGAAUAAUAUUAAAAAUAUUUCUGAUGAGAAGUUUGACAAACUUUUUGAAGGAUUGGCAAAUAAUUCUCAUUUAGAAACACUUUCCUUAGUGAAUGUAGGUCUGACUGACAGGCACGCGGAAAAAUUGGCGGACGUUUUAGAAAAGAACAGGACCCUGAAGGUGGUUAACGUCGAAACUAACUUUAUUUCGCCUUCUGGUGUUGUUCGUCUAAUAAAGUCCCUUCUGAAACAGAAAGUCGUUGAAGAAUUUAGAGCAUCAAAUCAAAGAUCCCAAGUUCUUGGCAACAAAAUCGAAAUGGAAAUUACGUCGCUGGUGGAACAAAAUCCCACCCUCUUACGACUGGGACUCCACUUGGAGUACAACGAUGCGCGUCACCGUAUUGCCACGCAUCUUCAACGUAAUAUUGACACAAUUCGGAAAGACCUAACGUUACGGCUGCAAUUCAGAUUCUUUAACCACAGGAAAACCCCCCUAAUUAAGUGAAGAACGUCGCCUAUCUCGGCUAGGAUCAUCUAGCACUUAAGUGUGCUAUUAAUUUUAACGUAUGUAUUUGAACAGUUCAAAAGAAAUAGUAGACAAAUGCUUGCGCCUGAUCGAUGAAAUGUUUCCUCGUUUUUUACUCUUUUUAUCAUCAUUAAAAAUAUUCGUCAACAAGAAGGAAAUGUUUCAUUCGAUUUUUUUUACAAACGCUUUAGCCGCUUUGUUUUGUACAAAAGCAAAUAAAAUGGUGAGGUAAGUGAGUGGGGAUUUUACAUUUUGCUUUAUAAAUAACACGCUUUUUCGGCGUUAAUUUUAUUGUUUGACAAUGUUCUAAGAGUUGACAUUCAUAAAAAAUGAAGUAGACUGACGUUUAGGUGUUGAUGUAUAUUAUUAUUAUCUUUUAAGCUUCUCUUUUUGCUUAUUUUUCUUGCCUUAAAGGCAUUUAAUAUUGCCUAGCGUUUUUUCUUUUUUCUAAUAAUAGCUAUAUAUUUUUUAAUAUACGAACAUGUAGUUAAUGUAAAUUCAAUAGCAAAAACGUAAAAAGAAAUCUUUUCUAUUCAUUCAAAAUCCUUUAGAAAUAAAAUUUAUCGUGCUGUCGUUAUUACGAAAUACGGGGACGGGUACCUAAAAAUGGUACUGUCUAAUCUUGGGCGAUAAAAAAAAAUAUUGUAACUAUCGGUAUCUGCUUCGAUAUGUCUACAACUAUCGAUAUAUAAUCAAUAAUUAUCGGUAGCUAUCGAUAUUGAUAACAAUAAGC